AUGACGAAAUUUAUGCCAUCAAGACGUUAGAGCAUAUCGUAACAAAUGUUGUAGCAGAAAAAAAAGCUUUGACACUUUCGCUAAAAGUGUGCCCAAGCAGCGAGCAUGCAGCAAUCAGUAUAGUAGGAUAUAAGCCAUGGGGGCCAGUCGA